AUGACUGGUAGUGAUAAUUCAUCUUCAAAUCGCCCAACUGCCCGUCGCAAAGACCCAGCUUGCGGAACAUGUCGCAAGAAGUGUCGAAAAUGCGAUCGGAAACGUCCCAUUUGCGAUAGAUGUCGCACCAAAGGUCUUCAUUGUGAAGGAUAUCCCCCACGAUUUCAAUUCCAGGAGACAUUGACGAUAACUACCAAUUCAUCCAGCUCACAGCAUGCGACAUCCGAUAGCAUUGAUGCCUCGCCUUCACAGCCCGUGGUCUUUAGCCAGUCACCCCCAGAACUGUCAAUGCCACCCGAUCCCGUCGCUACAAGACUGUCGGCUUCACUUUCGCCUGAACACCCUGUCCUUGAGACCUCUGCUUUGACCCUGACGUCACCCCAAACAUCAGCGACUCUAUCAAUGUCACCAGACGUUGCGUCCUUCACUACCUUACCCUCCGCACGCGAUGACCUAGAGAACGAUAUUGCGACAAAUCGUCAUAUCAUUGACUACUUUGAUCAAACGCUAAGCGAGCAUCUCAUCAUCCAUGUGCCGGGACUGGAUAACCCAUUUAGAGAAUAUGUUCUGUCGCUUGCCUACCAGCAUCAAGGAAUUCUACAUGCGCUACUCGGAUUAUCGGCAUGUCAUAUGAAUAACACUGGACACGCGAACAGUCAGAGACUCGUCACUGUAUCUCUUGGGUAUAGACUAUCGGCGAUACGAUCUCUUGCUUCUCUGCUGCACAAAGAAGAUAUCUCAUGGCUAACGCCCACCGAGGAGGAACACGUUCUGGCUAUGGUGUUGCUUCUCGUUCUGCAUGAUGUCUGUGAAUCAGGCGUCUCAACCCAUGGAGCCCACUUGACAGGUGUAUCGUUCCUCUGUAAGCGAAUCGCUUGCCUCGACACAUCGCCAAUGCGUUCAAAAACAGCCAUGUUCCUAAUAUCCGCGCUGUCUUGGUUGGAUAUGAUCCGAGGCUUCAGCGGCGCUGAAAAGCUCUCCUACUCGACCGAAGUCCGAGAAUGCGUGAGAGAUCACGGAAGUUUAAGCCUUCACACGUUGGUCGGCUGUCCGCCAGUCAUGUUCUUCAAGAUUGGUCAGGUACUCGAGGCUGGUAAAGUCUACCUGGCCGGAGACUUGCCAGUUGAACAGUUUGAGCAAUUACUCGAUGGAGCUGAGAAGUUCCUCCGUGGCUGGGAUCCCGAUCAAGCCGUAUAUCCCACCAGCCACCAGGAAUGGAAACAUCUUGCCGAGGCAUAUAGACACGCAUGCUUACUUCGUGUGAUGCGGUUCCCCGACGCUUUCGCAAUCUCAUGCGACGACCCUCGGAUAAAAGCUUCUGUCUCUGCGGUUUUGGAUGUCUGUGCUACGAUACCAAGAGACAGCGUGUUCUACAAGCGUUUGCUAUUUCCUUUGUUCCUAGCAGGAGCCGAUACUUGCUCACCGCAUCAAAUACACUAUGCAAGCUGGUGCAUUAACGAGAUCAAGCACUCUACAGGCUUCCAGCACCCCGCCAUGACGGAGCUGUUGACGAAAGUCUGGGACGAGAGAAGGACGAAUCCUCGAGGCUGGUCUAACGUUCCCUGGAUGGAAUUUACUUGUUCUGAGCUUCUUCGUUCCCAACAUGCAUACCUCUUCUUUUGA